AUGCAUUCAUCUUUGUUCACGCUAUUGGUGGUGGUGACCUCUGCCCGUGCCUCUUGUGCCCGGGCUACGCGCAAGUUCUCGCUCAAGACCACUUACGACUCUAGCAACUUCUUUGAUCAAUUUUACUUCAGAGAUGCUGCCUACUAUGAUAGCAUCGACCCUUCCUACGGAGGUGAUCCCACUCACGGAUCAGUCAACUACUUGAGCAAAAGCAAAGCUCAGUCUGCUGGUCUGGCCAAAACAACCAACGGCCAAGUUUACGUCGGUGUUGACUCAGUGAACAAGGCCAAGCUUCUUGGCUCAAGCAAGACCAGACAUGGCAGAGACAGUGUCCGACUGGAGUCCAAGGCUACGUAUGGUAAUGGCCUUCUGAUUGCCGACAUUGAGCACAUGCCUGGUACUUCUUGUGGUGUUUGGCCAUCCUUCUGGUCGUACAACUUUGACGAGGACCCAGUCGGGGAGAUUGACAUCAUCGAAGGAAUCAACGACCAAAGCCAAAACGUGGUCUCGUUGCAUACAUGUGGUGCUUGCAAGUUCACCAAGAUCGGCGGCCUUGACGAGCGCCCUAACUGCAACAACGGCGGAACUGAGUCUGAGCAAUGCGAGGACGGCACGAACUACGACGGUUGCGGCAGCACCCACGCCUCUGGUUCAUAUGGGUCAGCCUUCAACAAGGGCAAAGGAGGUGUCUACGCUGUCUGGCUCGAGUCAGAUGCUCUGAAGAUCUACUGGUUCAACCGCCAAAGCAUCCCCGCCGAUAUCAAGUCCGGAAACCCCGAUCCCAGCAAAUGGCGCACCCCUGCUUCGCAGUUCCUCAGCGGUUCUGGUUGUAAUGUUGGAAAGUAUUUCAAGGGCCAGACCAUCAUUAUCAACACUGCAUUCUGUGGAGACAACAUCGAUCAAGGCACUUGGAAUGAAGAGUGCAAGGCUUCUACUGGAUCUAAGACCUGUGAUGACUAUGUCACUAACCAUCCUGAGGCUUUCAAAGAGUCGUACUGGCUCUUCAACUCCAUUAAAUAUUACCAAUAG